AUGGUCCAUCUAUUACAAACGUUGAUGACUAAUUUCAGACCACAAGAUCAAACCUCUACCAUAACUAGUUUUAUUUCUGCUGAACAACUAAAUCAAAACAAUGAGUCACAAUCUUUUACUAAAGGAAGGUAUAGUAGUUUAGAUGACAGCAUAGCAAAUUGUAAAUAUGAUUAUCUUUACAAUGAUGAACAUUUAGUGGUUCAAAGUUAUCCCCCACUUCCAAUAAAAUUUCUCAGAGGGAAAAAAGCAUACAUUGCAGAAUUUAGGACUAUGGACUACAAUAUUAAAUUAUAUCAUAAUCAUGAUAAAUCAAAAUUAAAAGAUUCUAAAUAUAUCAAAAAAAUCCUAAAUUUAAAUCCAGUUCAACCAUUAAUUUUACAACAUCAAAACCAAAUACAACCUUUCCAUCAUCAUAACCUAAAAUCAAUAAAUGAGAGUUCAUUAGGAAAUAAUAUUACGUGUUCUAAAGGAAUUCAAUGUAGUGAUAUUGAGAUUAAAAAAUUUACUGAUUCAAAUAGAGCAGAGGAACAAUUAGCCUAUUUAAUGGUCAUUGGAUUAGGUAAUAAAUUAGAUUUUUAUUGGUUAGUUCCUCCACAACCUUUUUCUCAAGACAAAUAUGAUACAAAAGUGUAUAAUUAUCAUUGUGGCCAAUAUCAAACUGAUUUAGUAGUCACAACUGUUAGUUUAUAUACUAAUCAACCUCUCAGAUAUAAAAACUAUCAUUAUCUAUUUGUUGGCACUGAAAAGGGAUAUUUGGAUUUAUAUUAUUACAAUCCUAUGAAACAUGUUAAUCUAAUUCGUCGCAUUGAAGCAACUGAUCCUGCGGCACCAAUUACAAAUAUAAUUGUCUCUUCGCCACUUUCAGAAGAACAGGGUCACUUACUAAUUGUUGGCUAUGGUGGUAGAAAUGAUCUUGAGCUCGAUAAAUAUCUGCAAAUCAGAGUUUUUAAAGUAUCACUCAGCCUCAGCGAUCCACAACUUCUUGAAAUUACUUUUCCUUUAGAUAGCCCAUUCAAUGCAAUCAAAGGAAGAAUAAUCAAUAUGCAAAUCAAUAAAGUCGAAGGAUCAUCAAUAUGUAACCUAAGUGUUUUAAUCAGUCAAGCUGAAAAAGAUGAUAAUAAAGUUAAAAUUAUAGAUGUAAUUUCUUUGAUUAGAAUAGGAAGGUCUCAUAAUAUUACAGUUCCAUUCUUCCAAAAAAUAGAUUCAAACAAACCAAGACUAUUAGACAUCACACCUGUAUGUAAUAAAGAUGACUUUACUUUAUUGUUUUCAGAUGAAUCACAAGUUUUAAGUCGUGAUAUGCAAUUAUAUGAAAGGGAGGUAUUUAUACCACAAGAACCAAAAUUUGAAUUUAAUAAAUUAUUCCCUGAAUUAUCUUCUACUUCAUUAUCAGGUUUGAGUAGUUUUCCAUUUAAUAAUGCUACAAUUGAUGGGAUACUACAAAGAAGAGCAAAUAUGGACAAUCAAUUAAUUAUUGAUCUUUUACUUAAAUUUGCAAAUAUUGAUAAUGAUCUUUAUCCACCACAUAACAAAGAUGAAUUAAAAGCAUUAUUUGAUGCUAUUGAUUUUAAUACUGAAAUAGAUGCUUUAAGGCAAAACUGUCUUGUGUAUUAUUUAUUAAAAUUUUGGCGCUCAGAUAAACACCAACACUUUGCAACAACUUAUUUAAUUCCGCCAAAUUUUAUGAACUUAAUGGAUGGUUAUUGGUUACUGGAUAAUGGUAAUUACAUUGAAGCUUCACGAUUUUUAACUGAUCCUUCUGUUAAAGUUGAUUUUGAUAUGAAAGUAUUAGAAACCUUGUUUAAAAAUUCAAACGUUCAGACAACUUUAAAUUAUGCAGAAUUAAAUGGUGAAAGAUUAGAAUCAAUAGCAGAAUUUAAUGAUCUUAAGCAAGAUAUCUUGAUUAGCUUUGAUCUUAAACAAGCUUACAUGUUUCAGAAAAAACACAAUAAUGAGAAGCAAGUUGAUGAAAGAGAUUUUAAAGCUUUAACAAAAAUAUUAAAUUAUUGUUUUUUCCCUGUUCUUAAAAAAGACAGGUUAAAUGUACUAUUAGAUCUAACAUUAGAUGAAUCUGAAUAUGAAUAUCUACAAAAAUAUUGUAUUGAGAAUGCUCAAUUGGAUUUUUUGGUGAUGUAUUGUUUAAAUCACAACAAACUUGUUGACACUUUCAAAUAUAAUAACAUGUUAAAUCAACUACAAACUUCUAAUGAAACUAUAGUUGACAGUUCUAUCAAUACUCAAAAACGUAAUGAAAUUAUUAGGAAACUAUGGGAUACUUCUACCACUCCUAAAAAUACCAAAAAUAUUAACAUCAUCACUUCACCACCUUCCCCUGUAAAAGUUAACAAUAAUUCACCGCAAUUACCAAAUCAUUCACCGUUCUCUGAAAAACAAUUAGAUGAAAUACCACAAGCUUCUUCAUCAUCUACUACCCCAUCUGGUAAACAACAAACAAAAUCAAUUCAAAUUAGAUCAACACCACCACCAAUACAUCAAACAAAUAUAUUCAAAACUCCUGAACCUACAACACCAUAUCAUUCGCAAAGUAGUGAAAAUAUUAGGAUCACUCGAAACAUGGAGGGAAUGAUACAACAUUUUAAUGAUCGUAUUAAUGAUUUAAAAGAUAAUAUGAUGUUUCGUAUUGAAGGUUCACCAAGAAACUUGGAAAAUGUUCUUCAUGAGUUAAAUGAAACAAUUGAAUGGAUAAAUAAUAAUCUGCCAAAACAUUUACCAGGAGAUCUAAUCAACGACAAUGAUAUAAUUCCUUACAAUAAUAACGAUUCUAAUAAUUCUCACCUAAAUUACCCAAGUCAGAAUCAAAUUCAACUGCAACAAAUCAAGUUGUCUGAAGAAGAAACAAAAAAGGAGGAAGAAAAUCCUUUUAUAAUGACAACUGGUCCUCCAUUGCAACGUAAUAAUAAUAAUAUUCAAAAAACAAUGAAAUCAACUGCUACAACGGUUUUAUCAUUUAUUACCAUAUCUGAGUAUGACAAUUUACCAAAUAAACGCAUCACACGCAAUAAAAUAAAUGAAGCAAUUAAGGAUUUUAAUGAAGUGUUUCUUGAAAAAUACAAUAUUCUUAAAUCUCCAUUAAGUAAUUUGAAUAGAACUGAAAAGAAGAAAUAUUGGGAAUACAAAGAAGUUGAUAUUGAAGAAACUAAAGAUAAUAUUGGACGUGCAAUUAUUACCAUUCUAAGACAUCUUAAAAAGAUUAAAGAAGUAAGAGGUGGUGGUCAUGUUAGAUAUAUAAUUAUGAGUUAA